GUGACUGGCGCUGGAGCAGCUGUGCGCGAUCCCGAGCCUCUCCAUCUCCAUCUCCAUCCCUCAGCCCGCUAUAACACAGACGGCGCGCAGCACCCACACACCGGAGCGGAUUUUCGGCAGAAGCCUCCGACCUGUUCUUGUCCGAGCUGUGACAGGGGAGCGGCCAUGGGGGAGCGCAGUGUGCUGCUGCUCGUGCUCGCCGCCACCGCGGCACUCGGCACCGAGGUGCCGGCGGAUGGAUCCAUGGGUUUGCUCGCAGAGCCGCAGGUGGCCAUGUUCUGCGGGAGGCUCAACAUGCACAUCAACGUGCAGACGGGCAAGUGGGAGUCGGACCCCAGCGGCACCAAGAGCUGCAUUGGCACCAAAGAAGGUAUCCUGCAGUACUGUCAGGAGGUGUACCCGGACCUCCAGAUCACCAACGUCGUUGAGGCCAACCAACCCGUGAGCAUCCAGAACUGGUGCAAGAAGGGCCGAAAGCAGUGCCGCAGCCACCUACACAUCGUGGUGCCCUACCGCUGCCUCGUCGGGGAGUUCGUGAGUGACGCUCUGCUGGUUCCUGACAAGUGCAAGUUCCUCCACCAAGAGCGUAUGGACAUGUGCGAGAGCCAUCUGCACUGGCACACGGUGGCCAAGGAGUCAUGUGGCGAUCGCACCAUGAAUCUCCAUGACUACGGGAUGCUGCUGCCGUGCGGAAUCGACCGCUUCCGAGGAGUGGAGUUCGUCUGCUGCCCCUCGGAGUCCGAGAGGGAGUCGGACAGCACGGACCUGGAAGAGGACGACUCCGACGUCUGGUGGGGAGGCCCUGAGACCGAAUACAAUGACAACAGCAUGCCGAGGGAGAUGCGGCAAAGAGAGCAAGAGCCGGCCCCGGCGGAGGAUGACGAGGACGCGGAGGAAGAGCGGGAGACCGCCCUGGCAAAUGACGACAACGACGACGACGACGACUUCGAAGAUGACGAGGACGACGACGAGGACGACGACGAUGACGACAACGCGGCCGACGAGCGCAGCGUGAACGAGUACACCACCAGCGUCGCCAUGACAACCACCACAACGACUACCACUGAGUCAGUGGAAGAGGUUGUCAGAGAAGUCUGCUGGGAGGAGGCCGAGACGGGCCCGUGCCGUGCCAUGCUGCAGCGCUGGUACUUCGACCGCAGGGAGGGCCGCUGUGCCCCCUUCAUCUAUGGGGGCUGCGGGGGCAACCGUAAUAACUUCGAGUCGGAAGACUACUGCCUGUCAGUCUGCAGUAGCGUGUUGCCCACCACUGCCCCCAGCCCGCCCGAUGCUGUCGACCGCUACCUGGAGACUCCCGGGGAUGAAAACGAGCACUCGCACUUCCAGAAGGCCAAGGAGAGCCUGGAGGCCAAACACAAGGAGAAGAUGUCCCAGGUGAUGAGGGAGUGGGAGGAAGCGGAGAGGCAAGCCAAGAGCCUGUCCCGCGCCGACAAAAAGGCCGUCAUCCAGCGCUUCCAGGAGAAGGUCGAGGCUCUGGAGCAGGAGGCGGCCACCGAGAGACAGCAGCUGGUGGAGACCCACAUGGCGCGCGUGGAGGCCCUGCUGAACGACCGACGCCGCCUGGCGCUCGAGAACUACCUGACCGCCCUGCAGGCUCCCACCCCCCGGCCCCGCCAAGUCUUCGGCCUGCUGAAGAAGUACGUGCGCGCCGAGCAGAAGGACAGGCAGCACACCCUCAAGCACUUCGAGCACGUGCGCAUGGUGGACCCCAAGAAGGCUGCUCAGAUUCGACCCCAGGUGAUGACCCACCUCCGUGUGAUCGAGGAGAGGAUGAACCAGUCUUUGGGGCUGCUCUACAAGGUGCCCGGUGUUGCCGUGGAAAUCCAAGACCAAGUGGAGGAGCUGCUCCAAAGGGAACAGGCGGAGGUGUCCCAGCAGCUCUCCUCCCUGCAGAGCGACGGCAGGAUCAGCUAUGGAAAUGAUGCCCUGAUGCCGGACCUGCCCGAGAAUACCUCCCCCCUGGACGUCCUCCCCGCCGAGAAGGGCGGUCUGGGCUUGGAGGGGCGGGGCUUCAUCCAUCCUGAGAGUUUUGGACAGGCCAACACUCAGAACCAGGUUGAGCCCAUCGAUGUACGUCCUGUUCCCGAAAGAAUUCCCACCAGACCAGGAUCUGGACUGAAACCUGAGGAGAUUCCUGAGCUGCGUAUGGAAGCCGAGGAGAGACAAAGUGCUGGAUAUGAGGUCCACCACCAGAAACUGGUGUUUUUCGCCGAGGACGUGGGCUCCAAUAAAGGUGCCAUCAUCGGGCUCAUGGUGGGCGGGGUUGUCAUAGCAACCAUCAUCGUCAUCACCCUGGUGAUGCUGAGGAAGAAGCAGUACACGUCCAUCCAUCACGGGGUGGUAGAGGUGGACGCUGCAAUAACCCCCGAGGAGCGCCACCUGUCCAAGAUGCAGCAGAAUGGCUACGAGAACCCCACCUAUAAGUUCUUCGAGCAGAUGCAGAACUGAGGCGCUCCCUCGGAACCCCGCGACCCGUCGUCCCUGCCACCGCCCCCCCAACCCCUCCCUCCGCCGAACCCCGAGAACAGGACAUCGAGGGCGGGAGUGACCCGGCAGCUCGACAGCCUUGGCAAAAAUCCGCUCGUUUAGAUUCCCGAUGGUGGGAAGCGGCCGAUGCUCCGAUCUGCCUCUUUCCUCAUGACCGGCACGAAGGUGUGUCAGCAAGCAGUAUGUUGAACGCAGGGGCCGUCCUGGUUAGUUGCGCCGGUUUCCCUGGGGAAUCGGGAGUUCCCUCUUCCCAGGUAGCCACCCGUAUCGUGUCCCUGUUGACAGGACAAGCUUAGCAGGAACUUGCUGUCCGUGUGUCUGUCUGCGGCCCGGUCCCUCCCGCCCCCCCGUCCUGUUCUGCCCCUCCACGUUGCUGCACCUAAACCCCCCCCCCCCAGGCACAAGGGGGCAUCUAAGUGUAAAUAGCCCUUCUCUCUCCUUCCUUCUCCUCUUCCGCUCUUCCCUUCUCCCCUGUGCAUUUUGAUUACAGCUGUGCUGUUUGUGUCCAUGCCAGGUUCUUAUUGGUAAAAGGAAAAGAAUAAAAAUGUACACUUCAAUGAGCUUUUUUUUUUUUAUUUUUGAAUUAUUCUCUUGUUUUGGGUUUGUUUUUUUUCCAAAAAAUAAGAAAAAGGAAAAAAAUUUAAAAAAAAAAAAAAAAAAAACACCGAAAGGUAUGUAAAAAAGAAACUGAAUGUUUUUAUUUAAGCGUAAUGUAUUUAUGGCAGAGAUUAGCUGUACCUGUUUAGUGCAUGAUGAUAACCAUUAUAAAGAAACAAAUGUUCUGCUAUUUCAACAGGUCAUUUCUCAUGUAGAGAUUGUGUAAUUUAGCAGGAUUGUACAUUUAGUUUUUUGUGAUCAUGUGAUUUUAACAACAGAAUUCUGAAUCUGGUCUCGUAUCGUUAUGGAGACACGCUUUAAGAUUUUUUCAACCACGCCAGGCCCCCCUGUAGUGGUCAACUGUGGGAGUGCAGAACAGUUUCCGUGGGUUGGCCUUCUGUGUUUGUGAAUCAUCAUCAGUUGUGUUUUUUUUUUUUUCUCUUGGCUUACUAUGCAUUCUCACCGUGUUGGUCAUGUAGACUUCUUAAAGUUUCAUCACCUCAACGUGCUGUUUUCUCAGUCGACUCAGGGGUGGGCUACAUUUUUAAAGAGAUGUGGAGAUGCAGGUUCUCCGCGUUUCCUUUUUCCUUCGUCCUUGCUCAUUUCCGCAGGGGGGAAAAAAAAAAAAAAAA